GUUGAUUUGUUGAAUUUGAUUUAACUAUUUGUUUACGAUAAUGCGUUAAUAUUGGUUUAAUUCACAUUAAUGUUUUAAUAAUCGCGUUUUCUCGGAAUCGUGUUUCCCACACUCUCGGAAUCAAUCACAAUGCUGUACUUUUUAAAAAGUGUUAAUAGCGAAAAAACCUAUUAUCUGGUGGAUAAAAAUGAAUUUACUAUAGGAAGAAAAGAUUGUGAUAUUUUAAUACUAUGCGAUAGCUCGAUAAGUAAGAAACAUGCCACGAUUCGGAUUAAGGAGGGUAAAAAAGAUAAUUUAAUUCUACUAGAAGAUGUCGGGUCUAAGUAUAAGACGUUCCAUAAUGAUAAACCCAUUCCACCCAAUACCGAAAUCUCUAUAAAAUGCAACGAUAAAAUUAAAUUCGGAGGUCUUAAUAGUGUGUUCAUAUUAAAACAAGAAGAGUUUAUAACAACCGCUACUAAACUAUCUUCCACAGAAAAAAAUGCCAUUACGAACCAACUUCAAUUCCUCAAUGGUAAAUAUGUGAAAGAUUGGAGUCCUAACUGCACGCAUUUGUCCUUGGUGAAGGUGACCUGCACAGUAAAAGUCCUGCAGGCAUUAAUCGAUGACAAGCCCAUCGUGUCCCUCGACUAUUGGGCAAAGUUUGUAGAUAACGUAAAGCAUAACAUACAGCCACCUGAUAUCAAUGAUUACAACAAACCUCCGUUUGCGGAAACUUUGCUGGACAUAGUCGAAAUCAAGAGUAACGUUAACAGAAAAAAAUUAUUCGACAAUAAAGUUUUCGUUUUCUACUUGGACGCGGAAAAAGCAAAUAUGAGCGAUCUAAUCGAGAAAGCAGGUGGACGAUCAAUAUCUUUUGAAAGUACUCCAGUAACCUUAAAGGAUAUUCUAAAAUCUGGCGAGCAGUUAAUUGUAAUGCACACGAAAGAGCAGGAAAGGCACGAUGCUUAUGUCGAUAUUAUUCGCUACGUAAAUGAACGGAACGAACGCCUUAUACCCUUUACUGAAGUAGCCCUAGCCAUAAUACGGGGGUGUUGCGAGAAAGAUUGUAACCCUUCUUUCAAUCGAAUGGUAGAAGUAUUCAAUACCUCUUCAAUUAAACCAGAUAUUGGAAACAAGCAACUUGUCCAGAAUACACAAAGUCAAUUUCCCCAUCAACCUUUAUCUUCCACCACUGAUAACCAAACUAUUCCCGAUACAAUGCCCUUUGAAGAUCUACCGGCCAUAAAGAAGAGAAAAAGGCUUGCAUUGAACGAAUCGGAUAAUCUUAAAAAAAUUAAAAUGCAAGAAAUAUGGGUUGAUGUGGUUGAAACGAGCGUACCUCCUUCCAAUAGCUGUGACAUUCAAAUUGAGGAAUCCCAAAAAACUAGAGAUAACAGUGGUAAAAGUAAUCCGGUAAACGUAACUAGUUCGCAAAUGGGUCAAGUGGAAAUUGUAAAGUCGCAAAAAACUGUGGAUGAUAGUGGAAAGUCAAAAACGAAAAGGGUUAUGGAUGAUGAAGAAAACGAUAACCCGUUUAAAAAAAUUAAAAUGAAAUCCGAAGGUGAAAAAUCACAAAGUAGCAUGUGGUUUGCAUCAAAUCAGCCUAAAAAGCAGCAGAAUCGGGUCGCUGUUUCGCAGAACAGUAAAACCAAUAUUGCAGAGCCUUGUAGCAAGACUACUCGCACUGAUAAUACUUCUAAUGAUUCCAUUGCGUUAAGUAAACCAAAUACUCAAACUACAAUAAAUAGAAAAUUAAAUGACACAAGAAAUAAAACGAUGAAUACCACCUGGAUGUCCAAGAAUACAUCGAUUGACAUUGAUUGUACAGCCAACGAGGAAGAGGACGAAAACCUCCAGACCUACAAGAACCUUUUCAAAAACAAUUUAAUAAUCGAAUCUUUGUCGACUCUUUCAAUUAGACCUAAGGAAAAUACCGGAAAUGUGUUUUCGAAUAAGGUAAACAUGAAGAAAUUCAAAAAAGUGAAGCCUUUGCAUCCUCAAAAUACAGUUAUAAGAACAGAUUCGUUUAUAAUGCGAGACACUCAAAAUAUUACAAAUGCACUCGAGGUCUCGAAUCAAUCCACCCAAAUAAAUGAAGAACUAAAUACUACUAGAAAUACUGCGACUAAUGUGACUAAAAAAACGAAAGGGCACAGAGUGUUCACUAUUUAAAAUAAUUUUGUAUUUGUUUGUUGUAUUAUAUCUUUCCAAAAAUAAAUAACGUUCAGAGUA